AUGGCCUGCUACGACCGCUGCGGCUCUUGCGGACCCACCCCGCUGGCCAACAGCUGCAACGAGCCCUGUGUCAGGCAGUGUGAGACCUCCCGUGUCGUCAUCCAGCCUCCCGCUGUGCUCGUCACCCUGCCAGGACCCAUCCUCACCUCCUUCCCCCAGAGCACCGCCGUCGGAUCCUCCGCAUCCGCUGCCGUGGGCAACGAGGCUCAGCGCCCUGGGAGUGCCCGUCAACGUCCGGGGGCUUCGGCGGCUUUCGGCCGGGUCGGCUCUACGGCCUGGGUGGCCUGGGCUGCUUCGGGGGCAGAGGAGGCUGCUACACCUGCUAAGGGCCCUCACCACCACUCCUGA